GAAACACGAAGUCGGAAGGAGAAAGAAAGCGCGGACAACAGUAUUGCGCGACAGAAUCACACUGCCAGCUAUUGAUGCAUCGCACAGAAGUCUGAUCGGACCCAAUACAUCAUGUCGGAGAAAGAGAAAACCAAAAGCGAUCACUCUUUCCUACCGGAAUCGAGCUCCAUGUGGGCGAUUCGGCCGUAUCCGGAUCCAAUCGACACGUCCUUGAUCGAAGCAGACGGGGGGAAAUGGAUCCGUUUGGACGAUGGACGGGUCGUAGAAUACUUUGUGUCGGGGUCUUCCUCUCCGGACGCAAGGGUCCUGGUUGAUUGUCCAGGUGGCAACUGCACCGGCCGCUUGUUCUCUGCAGUUCCGGCCCAUGUCGGUGCCGCCGAGGAGCUCAACUACAAGGUAGUUUCGGUAUCGGUUCCGGGCUUUGGGUACAGCUCGAUCCAGCCGGGUCGUAGGAUAAAAGAUUGGCCCAUCACGGACCUGUUGCCCGUAUUGAAGAAGGAAAAGGUCGGGGAAUUUCUGGUCACCGGCACCAGCUUUGGCACAUGCCAUGCCCUGGCUACUGCCUGGCAGUUUGCGGAAGAGAAGGAGACCGGCGGUAAACACGAGUCUGGUGUCUCCUGCAUCGGAAUGGGCUUGCGCGUCCCCUAUCUAGGAUCGGAAUCCUGCAAACAACUGGAAUUGGAGAACCAUCUCUCCAUCGGCUACACAUCCACGUCGGCAAACACGUCCCUCAUCGGGACCGUCAUUGCCCGUUUGUUCACUUCCUUUGCCUCCAGGCCCGGCGAUGCCUUUGAGAAACCGGGACGGUUGAUGAGUGCCUUUGUCAACUUGCUCAACCCGGGAGCCCUCGCGAAACUCGAACGCCUGAUGACGGACCACCACCACCUGAUGAAAACGUGCAAGGUGGACAUGGAACGUUGCGUCGCCCAUUCUGACCAGGGGAUAUUGUACAAUUACGCCACCGAUACGCUGCUCGACCACGGGUUUCUCGUGACGGAAAUUUGGAAAGACCUUCCGGUGGUAGUCUGGUAUGCCGAGGACGACGAGGAUUGCCCCCCCUCCCAUGGAAAGUGGAUCGCCAACAAACACGCCGACAAUACCGACAAGGACGAGCCCAACCACUUCACCAAUGUAUCGUCUCGGGUUUUUGCCGAGUUCGGUCACAUCGGAACAGCUUUUUUGAACCACGACGAGUUUCUGAGAGAACUUCACGGCCAUGUCACUGCACAAGACUGAUAGAACUAAUGAAUGUCCAAGGUUGGCCUUUACUGCGGAGACGGGAAUGACUUUCAGUCAUACUCUUCAAUUCAUACUUUUGACUCACGUUAAGUUCUAGGCUUGCAGUGUUGAUAUUG